UAUCUUCAGAAAAAAAUCGGCAUCAGCCCUCAAUUUUCUCCCAAACCCUUCACUCUCGACGAAACUGCGAAACCCUAAUUUUCUCCUCUCUCUUACUCCCUCUUUCGACUGCUCCUUCAGUGUUUCUGUUAAAUUUCUCUUUGAAGAUGGCCGCUCCUUUGGAUAUGAGUCUCGAUGAUAUCAUAAAGAACAACAAAAAAUCCAGAUCCGGAAUUUCUAGAGGUCGCGGUAGAGGGUCCGGACCGGGUCCUGUCCGUCGAAUCCCCAAUCGCGCCGCUAAUCGCACACCUUAUUCCGCUCCCAAGGCGCCGGAGACGACCUGGCAGCAUGAUAUGUUUGUCGAUCAGGGCGCGGGGUUCCCCGUGCAAGCUGGACGUGCCUCUAGCAUUCAGACUGGAACUAAGCUCUACAUAUCUAAUUUAGAUUAUGGUGUCUCUAACGAAGAUAUUAAGGAACUUUUUUCUGAGGUCGGAGAUAUGAAACGCUACGGUAUCCAUUAUGACAAAAGUGGCAGAUCCAAGGGAACGGCGGAAGUAGUUUUCUCACGACGAGGAGAUGCUGCUGCGGCUGUCAAGAAGUACAACAACGUGCAGCUAGAUGGAAAACCGAUGAAGAUAGAGAUCGUUGGAACUAAUAUUGCCACUCAUGCUGUUGGUCCUCCCGCUGCUGUGAACCCUUUCGAAAAUUUUAAUGGGGUUCCUAGAAGGCAACAAGGUAGGGGUGGUCUGCCAUCACGUCAACGUGGUGGUCGUGGUUCUGGAAGGGGGCGUGGGCGGGGAAGAGGCCCAAGUGAAAAAGUAUCUGCCGAAGAUCUUGAUGCCGACUUGGAAAAGUAUCAUGCUGAGUCGAUGCAGAUAAAUUAGUGGAUUCAUACAUUAUUUGGUUCUGUCACCUUCAGUUGUUCUCUGUAUCACAACCAUUGUCUAGACUUCGCAGAAAAGGGCUAUGGUUAUCCUUAGAGUUGGUUUGAAUUUCUUACAGCUUUUGGGCUUUCUUUUAUUUAGAUUUCAUAUGACUUCAGCAUGGUAAUGUAAUUGACGAACAGUAGUCAGUGUGUACUCUGCUUUCAUUCAUUAAGUCCUUUCUGUUUCAUUUAAUGAGUUGGGAAUCAAAGUGGAUCUAUUUCCCACCCUUUGCCCGAUCACAUCUGCGUGGAUGAUGUUGGUUUGAUAAAAUACCACUCCCAGAUUGCACAACAAAUGAGUUGCAGCUCCUUAUUGAGGGAACUUCAACUCCACAAAACUAAUAUGUAGGCACUAAAAGAUGAACACACUUCAUAGCAUGCUAUGGGAUCCUACUCUGAGUCAAAUUAUUCUAAGAAACUACCAA